UGGCUGGCAUCCACGCCGCACAAUGACUCAAUGAGAGGAAGAAGCCAAGCGAAGAGGAAGAAGACGAGUCAGUCGGCACAGUGCACUGGAGCCCAAGCCGACCUUAAAUCGACGGCAUCUGCUUCUGGUCGUCCCACCCUACCUGGGCGCUCCUUCCUCGGGCAUCGGCUUCCUGGAGGAGGCAGCGGCGCUCCCGCAUCUGCAUAUCUGUCAUGAGCGGGAGGUCAAGAGGAUGCGGGCGGGCAUCCCUGCGGCUCCUGGCGCUGCUGGCCGUGGUGUCGGGGGUUGGAGGAGGAGGCGGCGGCGGCAGCGUGCGGGCCUGCCCGGCUCCCUGUAGCUGCCUGGGGAACACGGUGGACUGCCACGGCCUCGGGAUCCGCGCCGUGCCCACCGACAUCCCCAGAGGAGUGGAAAGGCUGGACCUGAACGGCAACAACCUGACCGUCAUCAGCAAGUCGGACUUUUCCGGCCUGAAGCAUCUGCGAGUGCUUCACCUCAUGGAGAACCAAAUUCGAGAGGUGGAGCAAGGCGCUCUGGAUGAGCUGAAGGAUCUGGAACGACUUCGUCUCAACAGGAAUCAUCUGACGCAAAUUCCGGAGCUUCUGUUCCAGAAGAAUGAAGCUUUAUCCCGACUCGACCUCAGUGAAAACGCCAUCCGGGCCAUUCCCAGGAGAGCCUUCAGAGGAGCCGCCGACCUCAAAAAUCUGCAGCUGGACAAGAACCGCAUCGGCUGCAUCGAGGAGGGCGCCUUCCGAGCAUUGCGAUCUCUGCAAGUACUGACGCUGAACAACAACAACAUCAGCAGCAUUCCCGUGUCCAGUUUCAACCACAUGCCCAAACUGCGCACUUUUCGGCUCCACUCCAACUCUCUGCGCUGCGACUGUCACCUGGCCUGGUUGUCCCCGUGGCUGCGCCAGCGCCCAGCGUUGGGCCUUUACACCCAGUGCAGCGCCCCGCCCGCCCUCAGGGGACUCAACCUGGCCGAGCUGCGCAAGAGCGACUUGGCCUGCUCAGGCCACAGCGGCAGCGCCUUCGUGCAGCCGUGCAGCCUGGCGUCCGGCUCGUGCCCGCCGACGUGCUCGUGCGCCAACAACAUCGUGGAGUGCCGGGGCCGAGGCCUGACCGCCAUCCCCGCCCACCUCCCGGAGGCCAUGGCGGAGAUUCGUCUGGAACAGAAUGGCAUCAAGUCCGUUCCUCCAGGCGCCUUCACCUCCUACAAGAAGCUUCGGCGAAUAGACCUGAGUAACAACCAGAUUUCCGAGAUUGCUCCGGAUGCUUUUCAAGGCCUCAAAGCUCUCAACUCCUUGGUUUUGUACGGCAACAAGAUAACGGAGCUUCCCGCCGGCGUCUUUGACGGCCUGUCCUCGCUGGAGCUGCUCUUGCUGAACGCCAACGAGAUCCGCUGCGUGCGCGCCUCGGCCUUCAAGGAUCUGGAGAGCUUGGCGCUGCUCUCGCUGUACGACAACAAGAUCGCAAGUUUGGCCAAAGGAACCUUCGGCUCGCUGAGAGGCAUCCAGACGCUCCACCUGGCCCACAACCCCUUUGUGUGCGACUGCAACGUCAAGUGGCUGGCCGACUUCCUCGGCGCCAACCCCAUCGAGACCAGCGGGGCGCGCUGCGCCAGCCCGCGACGCCUCGCCAACAAGCGCAUCGCGCAAAUUAAAAGCAGCAAGUUCCGAUGCUCCGCCAAGGAGCAGUACCACGUCCCAGGGUCCGAGGAGCGCCGGCGGGUUUCCGGCUGCGACGGCAAGCCGUCGUGUCCCAGCAAGUGCCGCUGCGAGGCCAACGUGGUGGACUGCUCCAAUUUGAGACUCACCAAGUUCCCCCAACCCUUGCCGCCGGCCACGGAGGAACUGCGUCUCAACAACAAUGACCUCACCCUGCUGGAGGCCACGGGCGCGUUCAAGGGCCUCUCGCAGCUCAAGAAAAUAAACCUGAGCAACAACAAAAUCUCGGAGAUCGAGGACGGCGCCUUCGAGGGCGCCUCGGCCGUCGCUGAGCUACACCUGAGCGCCAACCACCUGGAGGCGGUGCGGGGGGCCAUGUUCCGAGGGAUGGACUCGCUGCGCAUGCUGAUGUUGCGCAACAACAAGAUCGACUGCCUGCACAACGGCAGCUUCGCCGGCGGCCUGGCCAACGUGCGUCUGCUGUCGCUCUACGACAACCGACUGAGCGCCAUCUUGCCCGGAACCUUUGACGCGCUUCCCAACCUCUCCACGCUGAACCUGCUGGCCAACCCGUUCAACUGCGACUGCCGUCUGUCCUGGUUGGCCGCCUGGCUGAGGAGCCGGCGCAUCGUGACGGGAAACCCUCGCUGCCGAGGGCCGGCUUUCCUGCGCGAGAUCCCGCUGCAGGACGUGGCGGCGCCUGACUUCCGCUGCGAUGACGGCUCUCCGGCGGCAGAGUCGUCCGGCUGCCGUCUAGGCCCGCAGUGUCCCGGGGCUUGCACCUGCGUGGACACGGUGGUGCGCUGCAGCAACAAGCACCUGCAGGCCCUGCCCAGGGGACUUCCUGCUAACCUCACCGAACUAUAUCUGGACGGGAACCGGUUCACGCGAGUACCCGGGCACCUCGGCCACUUCCGCCAGCUGCAGCUGAUAGAUCUAAGCAACAACCAAAUCAGCUCCCUGUCCGACGACUCCUUUGCCAACAUGAGCCAACUCACCACCCUGAUCCUCAGUUACAAUUCCUUACAAUGUAUUCCUCCUCUGGCACUGGGAGGCCUGCGCAAACUCAGGCUCUUAUCUCUGCACGGCAACGACAUCUCUGAGCUGCAGCAAGGAAUCUUCGACGACGUCGCGUCACUCUCGCACCUCGCCAUCGGCUCCAACCCGCUGUACUGCGACUGCCGCCUGCUGUGGUUGUCCGAGUGGCUGAAGAGCGGCUACAAGGAGCCGGGCAUCGCGCGCUGCAGCGGACCGCCCGCCAUGGAGGGCAAACUCUUGCUCACCACGCCGCCCGAACGCUUCCUCUGUCACGGUUCGGUUGAGGCCAGCGUGGCGGCCAAGUGCAACCCGUGCGCGUCGUCGCCUUGCCUCAACGGAGGCCUCUGCCGGGCCCUGCGCUCGCACUCGCCGCCGUACGCGUGCACCUGCAAGGAGGGAUUCAGGGGCCAACAUUGUGAGAGUCCCGCCGACGCGUGCGCCAGUAACCCUUGCGUCAACGGAGCCACAUGUCUCCGAGACGAGCAGACGGGCGGCUUCAGUUGCACGUGCGCGUCUGGCUUCCACGGAGUCUACUGCGAGGUGGACGCCGACGACUGCCGGGACCACGGCUGCGAGAGCGGCGCCACCUGCGUGGACGGCGCCGGCAACUACACUUGCCUGUGCCCCCCGGGACGAGACGGCCUCUUUUGCCAGGAAGAGCGUGACGCCUGCGCGGCCGCCGCAACCAACCCCUGCAAGAAUCAGGCAACCUGUGUCGCCACAGCCACUGGACACCGAUGCGUGUGCGUCCCGGGUUGGGUGGGUCCCGACUGCGGCCUGGACUACGACGAGUGCGCGGACCACCGCUGUCAGAAUGCGGCGCGCUGCGUGGACCACCUGGACGGAUACACCUGCGUGUGCCCCCAGGGAUACACGGGUGAUUUAUGCGAGGUGUCGUCGGCCUCGCCCUGCCAGCUGGCCCAUUGCCGAAACGGCGCCCCCUGCGUGGAGAAGGCGGGAGCGGCGCUGUGCCAGUGCCCGGCGGGCUUCGAGGGUCCCGCCUGCGAGAAGCUGGUCGGCGUCAACUUUGUCAACGCAAACGCUUACGUCCAACUGCUCGACGUCAAGAACCUCCCCCGAGCCAACAUCACCAUGCAGGUGUCUACUGGGGAUGACAAUGGCAUUUUGUUGUUUAAUGGAGAUAAGGAGCCAAUCGCUGUGGAGCUUCAUCAAGGGCACAUCAGGGUGACCUAUGACCCCGGCACCCAGCCCGCCACCGCCAUCUACAGCUCGGAGACGGUGAACGACGGUCUCUUCCACACAGUGGAGCUGCUGACCUUGGAGCGGACGCUCAACUUGUCGGUGGACGGAGGGCAAGCGGCCACGCUGGACGGACACCGGCAGGCCGCCGGGACGGACGCGCCGCUCUACGUGGGAGGCCUUCCAGAGGAGGCAGUCGCCGCCGCCGCCUCGCUGCUGUCGCUGUCCUCGCACGCCAUCAACACGUCGGGUUUCCACGGCUGCAUCCGGAACCUUUACAUCAACCACGAGCUUCAGGACUUCACCCGAGGGCACAUGCAGGCGGGCGUGCUGCCGGGGUGCCGCGCCUGCCGCCGGCUCCUCUGCGUGCAUGGCUCUUGCCAACCAGGAGGGGGCGCACAGGGCGUGCAGUGUGCGUGCCAGUCGGGGUGGGCGGGGCCCCACUGUGACCAGCCAAUCCGAGAAGCAAGGGGUGCGCUCGACGCUGCGGGAGCUCCUCAAGCUUUAGGCUCGGCGUGUUUGGGUGUCCCCGUGCGCGAUUACCACCGCCUCCAGCGUGGGGCGCUCUUGUGCCGCACCUCCAAGACCUUCUCUUGGGUGGAGUGCCAGGGCCGCUGCCAGCCAGAGGGGGUUUCCCCGAGCUGCUGCGCCCCGCUGAGGCUGCGGCGACGUCGGAUCAGCUUUCUGUGCGACGACGGAACGUCUGUGACGCAAGAUGUGGAGAAGCCGCUCGAGUGUGGAUGCAAAAUGUGUGUGUAGUUCACACACAUCACACACAACGCAAAGAUGUCUUCAAUAUUUGUGAAGAGGAAAUGCGUGAAGUUUAAGACAAAGUGAAGGAUGAACUGAUUUGGAUGUUUGUGAAAGCACCUACUUUGAAGACAAAAUUGUCUGAUGCUAGGCGAAUGCAUUGAAGAGUCCAAAUGUCUUGAAUGGCAAGUUGGUGGUAGGCUUCAAAUGACCUUUGAUGUUUCUGUGUCAUUGAAAACAACUAUGUGGCUGUCCCCCAAAAUGUCUUUGACGUUUGUAUUUCUUAAGGUUAGAAGAUGCUGAAAUCCCAGUCAGACAAUACAAACAUGAAACCAAACCAAAUCUGUGAGUCUGCCACCUAAAGACACACACAAUGUGUGUCUUUGUUGCUUGAGGAAUUCCUCAGUGUUGUGAUGAGGCAGGCCAUUGUGAUCAACAAUAAAUGUAGCUUUGAAAUGGA